CGGAAGCCAUUUUAGUUAAAUGUCUUUCUAACAGCGGGUCUGGCGCCAAAGCUCUGCCCUUUUGCGCAAAUACUGUUUAUGUUCAUGUGCAUGUGUUAAAAAUACGAUGCACAAAUGCAAUGCAUCAACACAACACACGAUUUUCAACAAUUUCCCAGCCCAAAAGCCUCAAUCGAAAUAUUUUAUCUAUAGGGAAUGUUGGGGGCAAGGGGGAACAUCAAUUAUUGAUUUUGUACUGUAGCAUUUAUACAUAUAUCCCAUAUUCCAAUAUUAUAUUCACGCUAAUAGCUAUUUUAAAACUAUUGUUAACACAGCUAUACUCUAUUACCUAAUAUCUUAUCCGAGAUGAUUGAAACUACAAAAAAAUCGUACGAGGAGGCCCGUCUUCCGCACCGCGGGUAAAUGGUUUUGAUAAUGAAUACGUCUAAUGGCAAUCAGGCCAAUAGUGAAGAAAUCGCAAUGGUUGUUGGUUCCCCGAUGUCAAUCCAGUCCGACGAUGACGACGAUAAUUGUCAGUCGUCGGCGGGCUCCGCCUGCGAGGAGGCCUCCGAUUUCAUGACGGCGGCGAUGGACGAUGAAGUCACCGCCCAGUUAGCUGCUGCCGGUCCUGUUGGAGUUGCCGCCGCCGCCGCAAUAGUCUCGGCGAAAAAGCGCAAAAGGCCGCACUCAUUCGAGACAAACCCUUCGAUACGGAAGCGACAGCAAAAUCGUCUGCUCCGGAAGCUGAGGCAAACCAUAGACGAAUUUGCGACGCGUGUCGGCCAGCAAGCUAUAGUAUUAGUGGCGACGCCGGGCAAGCCCAACGUUAGUUAUAAGGUGUUUGGCGCGAAGCCGCUCGAAGAUGUAAUAAAAAAUCUCCGAGGCAUGAUAAUGGAGGAGUUAGAGAACGCAUUGGCCCACCAAGCCCCUCCGCCUGUGCAGGACGAUCCGUCUCUGUUCGAACUGCCGCCACUGAUCAUCGACGGCAUCCCAACCCCCGUUGAAAAAAUGACACAAGCACAGCUGCGUGCGUUUAUCCCGCUUAUGCUGAAGUACUCCACUGGGAGGGGCAAACCGGGGUGGGGGCGCGAGUCGACAAGGCCCCCGUGGUGGCCGAAGGAGCUCCCGUGGGCGAACGUAAGGAUGGACGCUAGGAGCGAAGACGAAAAACAAAAAAUAUCUUGGACGCACGCCUUGCGGCAGAUAGUCAUUAAUUGUUACAAAUUUCACGGCAGGGAAGAUCUGUUACCGGCGUUUACGGAAGAAGACGAGAAGGCCAAUGCCACGGCGACAGCCAACGCGAAUGUCAGUACAUCGGUUGGUGUUUUAAAAAUGCAUUCCUCAGGGAUUGUACCUACUCAUAAGAUACAGAUCCAAGCUAACGGCUCGCCCCAAAUUAUUGCCGCCUCGCCUGAUGGCUUGUCGGGGUCUUCUGCGCAGGUUUGCCUCGAUCCUGCGGGCUAUAGUUCAGAUGUUGAUAUUACAACCCAAUACGCCCCGACGGUACUCCACACAAUUACAAACCCCGACGGCACUGUCAGUAUUGUUCAAGUGGAUCCGAACAAUCCCAUCAUUACUUUACCAGAUGGCACCACAGCUCACGUUCAAGGAAUGGCCACUAUCCAGACGGGGCAGGGCGACGGCACGCCCGUGCACACGAUCCAAGCAAUAUCCGAGAGUGGGUCUCAGGGUGAAGUCGUUGAUUUGAAUUCGGUGACUGAAGCGACGCUGAAUUCGGAAGGGCAGAUUAUAUUAACGGGCGAGGACGGGCACGGUUACCCAAUUUCAGUAAGUGGCGUGAUAACCGUACCUGUAACCGCGUCGAUGUACCACACCAUGGUAGCAAAUAUACAGCACCUACAUACAAAUAGCGACGGUACAGUUUGUGUGACUCCGGUCGUCCCAGUACCAAAGUCUGUUGAUAAGGUCGAGCCCAAUAAUGGAGACAACAUGGAGACACUGGCGGUGACUCCUAGCGGGUUGACUACUCAUUCUAUGAUGAUUCAAAGUUCAGGUACGGAGGGUCCACAAGUUUUACAAGUUCUCUCGUUGAAGGAUGCAACUGUUUUAACAAAAGCGAUGCAAGGAAUUGCCGAUGUUAAAACAGAAGAAACAAUAUUAAGUGACCAGUAGAGGGUUCACACGAUCUUAAAGAAAUUUUUAUUGCGAAAUCAUUAAUUUUUAUCAAGAAGUAUUUAUAAUUUUACUUUUUUUGUAUAGUUGUCUGUAUUAUUUAUAUUUAGAAAUGAAAAUUAGGUUUUAUUUUUUGUUCCAAUUAUUUUGACUGUUAACAAUGUGGUGGUCUAAAUCUUAACCAUUUCAACACAGAUUGUGUUUCUAGAUAAGUGGAACACUUAUAACUACACAAAAAACGUCUACUUUUUUACAAUUUGCAAUCACAGUACUUAGGUGAAUGAACACCUCCACGCAUAAACGCUAACAACGAUGAUUGUACAGUACUUACAAAUUCAUUGUAUGUAUGGCCGCAAAGAGAAACCUUGUAUGUGAUCAUGUAACGCAAAUAUAUAUUGUUAACUUUUUAUUUACCGUUUAUUUUGUUAUGAAAAAAUCUCCAAAUUAUUUCCUUUUUACAACCAGUCGGACAACAUUGGGUGUUUCAUUAACUAAUUGUUUGGUCUUGAAAUAUCGUGACCAAGUAAUCAAAAAACCUGCCCUAAGCCUUGUGUGUUAACCAAUGAUCUCAGUUCUUAUCGUGCAAAUUUUAUAUUUGUCAAUUAUCUGAGACACUACUGCCAUCGUGGACUUUUUAUGGCAAGAUUUGACGAGUGUGUGAUGUUGCAAUAAUUUGGCUCGAAAUAUUGUUUUGUUUUGUUAUCCCACUUAUCUAAGACAUAACACAAAAUACUACGUACAUUUACUAGUCAAUUUUUGGCAUAGUAAUGAUGUUAGUUUUCUAAUGUUGAAGAGAAGGGUGUUGUCGUGUCUGAUUAUAUUAUAUUAGAAAACGUCUUUUUUUCUUAUUUGUCAAUCUGUGUUAAGUUAUAUCUUUUUAUACAUGUGCAUAGUAUGUGUAAGUUUAUCUUGUAAAUUGUAAUAAUUAAUUUAGAAUAAUUUAAUACAUUGUUAAUUAUUUUUAGUUAAUACUGGGUAUUUUAAUUGUUAGUACACAAGCACUAGAAAGGUUUUAUGUGUGUAUAAUGGUGGUUGUUUUGGUGUGUAUUGUAUGGUUCCUUUGUUAUUUGUGCCAUACAUUUGCAUUGCUUAUUUCACCACUUUUUUACUUUUGCUGAAUUUCCAUACCUUGUUAAUUUUUGUAUUAUAUAAAGAACCAAAUAUUAAUUAGGCUUGGUUUAGAAUUUCGUGCCAAAGGCAUAUUAAAGUACCUUCAUUACAAUAAUUUAAUAUUAGGUUACUUUACACAAUUAUUUACUGGAUUCUACGCUAGUAAUGUAAUAGGUCAAGUCUAGAUUAAAUAACCGUUCAUUUCUCAUAUUGUAAAAUUAUAAACACUGUACAUUGUAUAUUUUACAAAUCUCACUGUAACUAAUAACUUUUUGACAAAAUAAAUGUAAUAGUUUGUUUCAAUGUGGUGUGACAUGUUAACUUUUAAAUGUUAUUUUUAUGGUAUGCAUGUAUAUUAGAAUUUAGAUCUAUAUGGCCAACUACCUGUAGUGGUAACGAAUUGUAGCACCAUAUAAACAUCACAUACACUAAAGAUAUCUUCCUGUUAUCACUCCCAGUUACACGGUUUUGAAGAUAUCUUUCUUCUGUUUUUGUUUAUAUUUAAUGUGCUGGCACAAGAGGCAGAUGUUUGUCCAUAAAAUUUUCUAAAAAAUUGUACAUUACACCUACCAACUGGCCUUAUGUUACUUAUAAAAAUGCCUUUGGUUCUACGCACUGUAACGAAAUUUUAAUGAUCUUGGCCUGAUCAUUAAUUUCAGUUGUAAAUUUUACUAGAAUUCUGUAAAACCAAAUAAAGCUAUGAAUUAUGUA